UUCAAUGUUAUAAAAUCAACCGGCAAAUGUUUUAAGAUAUUUUUAUUUCGUUUUAUAUAUAAAAAGAGCUUUAAAAAUCAUGCUCAUAAGAAGAAUUAAGUGCCUGCGGAAUCUGGGAAUCCGCUACAACAGUUCGCACUAUGUGACAACUCCAAUUUUUUAUGUAAAUGCAGCCCCGCACAUUGGCCACCUGUACUCGGCGGUUAUAGCCGAUGCCCACUGUCGCUAUCAGAGAUUAAGGUAUCCGGAAAAGACAGUACGACUCUGCACGGGAACGGAUGAGCACGGCACCAAGAUUCAACAGGCGGCCUCUCUUCACGGGAUCCCCGUGGCCAAAUACUGCAAUGAUAUAUCGGAGCGUUACCGGGAGGUGUUCCGGAGUGCCAGCAUCCAGCCGGACGACUUUAUUCGCACCACGGAGGAGCGACACAAGCGGGCAGUGGCCCAUUUCUGGCGAACACUCCACUCACGUGGCCAUAUAUACUCGGCUGCCUACAGCGGUUGGUAUUGCGUGUCGGACGAAACCUUUCUUACGGACUCACAACUGAGACAGGAUGAGUCCACUGGGACGCGUUUUUCCAUGGAAUCAGGACACCCUGUCGAGUGGACGGAGGAAACGAACUACAUGUUCCGGCUGUCGCAAUUCCAAGAUGAUGUGCGGCAUUGGGUGAAACAGGAGGCUCGCAUCCGUCCGGCCAAGUUCGAAAAGAUUCUGCUGGACACUCUCAGCGAACCUCUGCCGGAUGUUUCGGUAUCACGGCCUUCCAACCGCGUUCACUGGGCCAUUCCCGUCCCCGAUGAUGACUCGCAGACUGUCUACGUCUGGCUGGAUGCUCUGGUCAACUAUCUCAGCUCCGUUGGAUAUCCCAAUGAGGAGUUCUCCGCCCACUGGCCACCGGCGCAGCACGUGAUUGGCAAGGACAUCCUCAAGUUCCAUGGCAUCUACUGGCCAGCAUUCCUCCUGGCCGCCGGCUUGGAACCUCCUGGGCAGCUUCACGUUCACUCGCACUGGACCGUCGACGGACAGAAGAUGUCGAAGAGCAAACACAACGUAGUGGAUCCCGUGCAGGCGGCCCAGCAAUACACCAUGGAGGGUCUAAGAUACUUCCUUCUGCGGGAGGGCGUGGCCCACAGCGAUGGCAACUACAGCCACGUGAAGGCCCAGCGCAUCCUUAACUCGGAACUUGCGGACACCCUGGGCAAUCUGCUAUCGCGUGCCUGUGCCAAGGCGCUGAAUCCCGGCCAAAUCUAUCCAUCAGCCGACGCCGAGCACUUGGCGGAUCUGCUCCGUACCCUGGAUGCGACCAGACGCCUGCAGGAGUCGCUUCUGCAGCUGUCAGAGCGAUGCGAGUCGCAUUACGAGUGCAAUCACUUCCACUUGGUGGCCGACACUGCAAUGGCGACUCUGCAUGCGGCCAACAACUUCUUCGAGAGUUCCAGACCCUGGACGCUGAAGGCGGGCACGGCGGAGUCCAACCAGCCGCGCUUGGAGACCAUAAUCGCCAUGACAAUGGACGCGUUGCGGCUCUGCGGCAUUGUGCUGCAGCCCAUAAUUCCCCAGCUGGCCACCCGUUUGCUCGAUAAGCUGCGAGUCCCGACCGCGCAACGUGGCUGGAAUUACUUGGCCAAGAGUUUUGCCACCAGUCCCGCGCAUCUCGACGGGAGCCGUCAAUUGGACGGGCAAACCAGUGCGCUGCUCUUCCAGCGGAUUGUCGAGGAAAACCCCACUAAGGAGGAGCACAAGCCGCAGCCAGCCAAGCGGAUCAAAUCGAAGAAGAAGGACCGCCGCGAAACAAUGUCCUGAAGUGGCCGUAAUAAACUGAUUCCAAAGCCAAACUACCGGCGAUAUUUGUUCAUGACGAGGACUUUAUAACACUGGGCUACAGGAAUCUUUCACUCUACCAAAACAAUGUUCUUAAAACGAAAACUGUAUUCAAUACAUUUCAGUAUAAACGGCAGGGUUUCUUUAAA